AUGUUUCCUCACGAGGUCGACGAGACAGCCCUCAAUUUGCGGCUCAACCAGAUCGCGGCAGCGUACCAGCUGCCUGGCGCGCUCAAGGACUCGUCCGCGGUCCUGCAAGGAGACUACUCGCUUGAAAGCUAUAGGAGCCACAUGUUCACGUCUUCUGCCAACCUAAGCGACUCGCCCUCGUCCAUGGACUUCACGAACCAGCCACACCUGAUCGUCGGCCAAAACAUCAACAACAACCUUGGAAUUCCGCUCCACUCCAUCAGCAAGAUACCUUCGUACCAGUGGUCGUCCAGAAACGACGAUCCAGAACACCACUCGACGAAGGCGAAAAACAUCCUUAGUGGUUUAGGGGCGGCGGACAGCAUUUCGUCGCUUGGAGGGCACGCGCUAGGUGCGUCGUCGCUCAACAGCAAGCUCGUUAGAUUGCCGCUUUUGAACGAGAAGACCGACGGCACCAAAUGGUCUCUGGCGAACGGACUGCCCUACUACGAUAAGCAGUUUGUCGACAAGCAGAUCAAGUACCUGAACCAGAAAAAGGCCAAGACGAUGUCUAGCAGAUCGCAGUUUUCCGCCCAGAUGAACGAGACCAUCGACGACGUGGAGUAUCUGCACGGUACCGUGAUCGUCAACCAGUUUCUCAACAACAAACGGCUGGUCCGCAACUACCAAUGGCUGAUGUACUUUGCAAACAAACAGGGAGGACGAAAAUUGAGCGAUAAAAUCAGCUCCUACGACAAUAUAAGGUACAAGUCGGUGCGCAGCUUCCAAAAAUCUGUUGAAAAAAAGAUGGCACGCCAGCAACGCGAGGAAAUGGAACGCAGACGACGCGAAAUGGAAGGCUUGCCGCCUUUUCCACCUCAGGAUUCCACGGAAUCGGACGAAGACGACAAGGACGAGGAAGAAGAAGGACCUAGAUUCCAGACGUUGGACAUCCCGGUCAACCUGACCAAAGAGCUGAUCAUCGAAAAAGAGCUACCGAUAGACGACAAAGAGCUGAUCGACAACCAGAACAGAUUAUAUGGUAUUCAGAACUCUUAUCAAAUGCUAGAGGAAGCAAGACAAACGGACGGCAUCAUUCACUCCCGCGUCCUGAGACUAAGACGAAAGCCCAACCCGAAUGCCCUGGGAUAUUCAAAUAUCCGAUGCAAGAAACCACCGUAUGCCUGA